AUGUCUUUCGGCAGUCGCAAGUUCUCCAUGAACAGGAACACUGGUGUUCCCCGACGAAGAUUCAGUAUCGGCGACCCAAGUGCCAACGAAACGAGUUCCAAGAUCCAUCGUCAGUUCCGUGCUGCAAACCCGGGUCAUCUUCCCCAUGCAGGAUUGGACGCCUCACGUGCCUCCACAGGUGUCGUAUGGUGUACUGAGCGAGCCGCCGAGUAUGGCUUCCUUGACGAGCCCGACAAGUGGGCCAACCUUGGUCAAGGUGCUCCCGAAGUCGAGGAUGACAUCGAGGGAUGCUUUGAGCGCCCUACUACCAUAGACGUCUCUGUUGCUCUUAGAGAGUAUGGUCCCACCGCCGGUAUCAAACCUCUGCGUGCCGCCGUUGCUAGAAUGUACAACGAGAUGCACCGUCAAGGCAAGGAUAGUCAGUAUUCGUGGGAAAAUGUCGCCAUUGUUCCUGGUGGAAGAGCCGGUCUGAUCCGUAUCGCUGCUGUGCUGAACAAUGCCUAUGUCGGCUUCUUCAUUCCCGAUUACACGGCAUACAACGAGAUGUUGUCGCUCUUCAAGAACUUUGCCGCCAUACCGACACCUCUCUCCGAAGAAGAUGGCUACCAUAUCCAUCCUGAUGUGAUUGCGAGAGAGAUCGCGAGAGGUACCUCAGUUAUCAUAACCUCGAACCCCCGGAAUCCUACGGGCAGAGUAGUGGCCAAUCCCGAGUUGGCUGAGAUUCAGGAUAUUUGCCGCGGACGCGCGACUCUUGUUAGCGACGAGUUCUACUCGGGCUACAACUACACUAGCAACUGCGAUGGUACCACGAUCUCAGCCGCUGAAAAUAUCGAGGAUGUAGAUGAGGACGAUGUUCUCAUUAUCGAUGGACUCACUAAGCGAUUCCGUCUCCCUGGAUGGCGUAUUGCUUGGAUUCUUGGACCCAAGGAGUUCAUUAAGGCCAUUGGGUCUUGCGGUUCGUACCUUGACGGUGGAGCCAAUGCUCCUUUCCAAGAGGCCGCUAUUCCUAUGCUUGAGCCGUCCCUCGUUCGCAAGGAGAUGGAGGCUCUUCAGCACCACUUUAGAGAGAAGCGAGACUACGUGGUUAAGCGCCUACGAGAUAUGGGCUUCGUGAUCAAGUAUGUACCGGAUAGCACCUUCUACCUCUGGCUCAACCUUGAGGGUCUUCCGGGCCCUAUCUCAGACGGGUUGAAUUUCUUCCAGGCCUGUCUAGAGGAGAAGGUCAUUGUUGUUCCGGGUAUUUUCUUUGACUUGAAUCCUUCUCGCCGCCGAGAUUUGUUCGACAGCCCUUGCCACCACUUCGUCCGCUUCUCAUACGGCCCCAGAAUGGAUGUUCUUAAGAUGGGCUGCGAUGGUAUCGAGAGAGUCGUCAGCAAGUUUAAGAAGUAUGUCCCUUAA